AUGAGUGCUUCCGGGUAUUUUGCAUGUUAUAAUGUAUCCGUGCUUAAUCCUAGUCGAAUCUGGCAAACUGAUAACGUCCUAAAAUCGGAGCUCCCCAUUCUCGCCUUUCAAAUCGCCUUCACCGCAUUGUUGUCUCGAGUUUUGUUCUUUAUUUUAAAACCCCUUCAUCAACCUCGUCUUAUUUCACAGAUCUUUGUUGGUUUGCUGCUGACUCCACCAUUAAUAGGGAGAUUCACAUCUGUUUUUGAGUUCAUAUUUCCUGUAAAUGGGGUCCUUAAUGUCGAAGUACUCUCACACAUUGGUCUCAUCUUCUAUGCAUUCCUCAGUGGUUUGGAGAUGAACUUAAAUACCAUUCUAAAUGUAAAAAAGAAGGCUGCAAGCAUCGCCCUUGCCGGAAUCAUCUUUCCCUUGGUUAUGGCACCGGUCUUCUAUGCUCUACAUCGAAAUUUUUUUGACAGUGGAGCUGAAAGCCUUGAACAAAGUACAAGUAAUGCUUAUUUAAUUUGGACUUUAGUUCUCACUAUUACAGGUUUUCCGGUCCUAGCUCACACCCUUUCUGAGCUCAAGCUCCUUUAUACUGGUCUAGGCAAAGCGGCUUUCACAACUGCCAUGAUUAGCGACACCUAUGGUUGGAUUCUUUUCACAUUAUUGGUUCCAUUUUCAAUUAAUGGUGAAAGAGCAAUUUACUCAGUGCUAAGCACCAUAAUAUUCAUUGUUGUCUGCAUCUUUGUGUUACGCCCUAUCAUUCUAAGGUAUAUUGAUAGUAAGACAGAGAAGGAUGAGUGGGAUGAUGACCAAUUACUCUUUGUGGUGAUGGGGCUUUUUGCUUGUUCAUAUGUUACAGAUAUUCUUGGCACACAUGGCAUUGUUGGAGCUUUUGUGUACGGAUUAAUUUUACCUCAUGGGAAAUUUGCCGACUUGGUGAUGUCCAUUUCAGAUGAUUUUAUUGGCGGGUUUCUGGCACCGCUCUUCUUUAUUGGCACUGGAAUGAGACUUAUGUUGCUCUCCAUUUUCCACCAGGCACAUUGGCCCUUGACAGUGUUGGUUGGACUCUUGUUAUGUGUCCCAAAGAUUUUAAGCACUUUAUUUGCCACUUUCUUUUUUGGUAUGCGCACUCGAGAUGGUUUAGCCCUAGGAUUGCUUUUGAAUACCAAGGGCGCUAUGGCACUGAUAAUGCUAAAUAUUGCUUGGGAUAGAUCGAUUUUCUCUAAGCAAACGUAUGCUGUUAUUACCUCUGCUGUUCUGUUUAUGACUGUGGUAGCGUCUCCCGUCAUCAAUGCCGUCUACAAGCCAAGAAAAAGAUUUGAGCAGAACAAGUUAAAGGCUAUACAGAAGCUAAGAGUAGAUGCUGAGCUCCGAAUUCUGGCAUGCGUCCACAAUACUCGCCAAGCCACUGGCAUGAUCAGUAUCAUUGAAUCUUUUAAUGCCACUAGACUCUCCCCAAUACAUGUUUUUGCCCUGUACCUUGUUGAACUUACAGGACGAGCUGCUGCACUUGUUGCUGCCCACAUGGAGAAGCCUAGUAGCCAACCUGGAGAUCAAAAUCUCACAAGAUCUCAGGCAGAGUUAGAAAGCAUCAACAAUGUCUUUGAAGCAUUUGGAGAGAUAUAUGAUGCUGUCAGAGUUGAGACCUUAAAUGUUGUGUCAGCCUUCGCAACCAUUCAUGAGGAUAUAUACAACUCAGCUAAUGAGAAACGCACAAGUUUAAUUCUUCUUCCAUUCCACAAACAAUUAAGUUCAGAAGGUGCGCUUGAAACAACCAGUGUUGUAUACAAAGAUGUAAACCUAAAUGUAAUGCAAGAUGCACCUUGUUCUGUCGGAAUCUUUGUUGAUCGUGAUCUUGGAUCAUUAUCCAAAAUGAACUUCCGUAUUCUUAUGCUCUUUGUUGGGGGCCCUGACGAUCGUGAAGCCUUAGCUGUUGCAUGGAGAAUGGCAGGGCAUCCAGGAAUCCGGCUAUCAGUGGUUCGGAUUCUUUUGUUUGAUGAAGCGGCAGACGUAGACACUUCAAUUCACGCUGAAGCACAAGGGAUAUUAUCAGCUGUAAUGGAUAGUGAGAAGCAGAAAGAAUUAGACGAUGAGUAUAUAAAUUCAUUUAGACUUAUGGCAGUGAAUAAUAAUGAUUCUAUAUCCUACUCAGAGAUUGAUGUCCAUACCGGUGAAGAUAUUCCCGCGGUACUCAAUGAGCUAGAAAAAAUUGGCUGCGAUUUAUACAUAGUUGGACAGGGAAAUUGUAGGAACUCUCGGGUCUUCUCAAAUUUAUUGGAAUGGUGUGAUUGCUUGGAACUUGGAGUUAUAGGAGAUAUUUUGGCCUCAAACAAUUUUGGUUCGCGCUCAUCCUUGCUAGUUGUGCAACAAUAUGGGUAUGGAGGAAUGGUUUUUGGAAAACAGCCCAACCACACGAGAACUAAUAAUGAUGGCUUUGAAUCACUUGUCGUUAAGAUACGAUAA